UUUUUCAGUGUUGGGAAAGAUUUAAGGACCUUCUCCUUGCUUGCCCACAUCAUGGAUACGAAAUUUGGAGAAUCAUCAGUUUCUUUUAUGAUGGUUUGACCUCCAAUAUGAGACAAUUUGUGGAAAUGAUGUGUAAUGGUGAAUUUAUGAAUAAGGAACCAGAGGAAGCCUGGGACUAUUUUGAUCUGUUGGCAGAAAAUGCACAGGCCUGGGAUACAACAGAUAAGAACGAGAAACCUCAAAAAUCGACUAAUACUAAAGGAGGAAUGUAUCAUGUUAAAGAAGAAAAUGAUGUAAAUUUAAAGAUUGCUAAUCUAACUAGGAAGGUUGAAGCCAUUGAAUUAAGCAGAGCCAAUACAGGAAAGACACCUACUAUAGAUGAAAGUAUUUGUGAAAUCUGUGAGAGUAAUGCACACUUAACCAAGGAUUGUCCUACAAUCCCCGCCUUCCAAGAAGUGUUGCAUGAUCAAGCGAAUUUCACAAAUGCUUAUAAGAGACCAUUUCCUGAAACAUAUAAUCCUAGUUGGCGAAACCAUCCUAAUUUUAGUUGGAGACAUGGACCCACUGCCAAUGAAUCUCAAGGGAAUUCCAUACCCUAUGUGCCACCCCAUAAGAGAUCUCUUGAGGAUACUUUGCAGGCAUUCAUGCAAGGGCAGACCCAGAUAAAUCAGAAUACCAUGCAGUCACCUCAAGAACUUAAAAAUUUUGUAGGUAGAAUUGAGGCUCAACUCAAUGUUAGGGAAAAAGGGACAUUUCCAGCCCAACCUCAAUCUAACCCAAAGGGUCAACAUGAGGUCCAUGAAGCAAGUUCAUCCCAACCUAAAUUUGAACAAGUUAAGUCUGUUACAACCCUUCGGAGUGGAAAAAUAAUUAACAAAGAAAUUCCAACAAAAGAUGACAAACCUAAAAAAUCUAUUGAAAAAGAUGCCAUUAAGCAGAUCCCAUCUUAUGCCAAAUUUUUAAAAGAUCUGUGUACUAUAAAGCGAAAACUUUACGUACAAAAGAAAGCUUUUCUAACUGAACAGGUGACUGAUGCCAAACCUUCUCGUCAACCUCAACGUCGAUUAAACCCAAACAUGAAGGAUGUGGUUAGAGCAGAAGUUCUGAAACUUCUGGAUGCGGGUAUGAUCUACCCAAUUUCAGAUAGUAAAUGGGUAAGUCCAACCCAAGUGGUCCCGAAAAAAUCUGGUGUUACUGUAGUCAAAAAUGCCAACAAUGAAUUAGUUCCAACUAGGGUCCCCACUAGUUGGCGUGUAUGCAUUGACUAUAGGAAACUUAAUUCUGUCACUAGGAAGGAUCAUUUUCCUCUACCUUUUAUUGAUCAAAUUUUAGAAAGGUUAGCGGGUCAUAAAUAUUAUUGCUUCCUAGAUGGCUAUUCAGGUUACAACCAAAUUGCAAUUGAUCCUGAAGAUCAGGAAAAGACCACUUUUACAUGUCCUUUUGGCACAUUUGCUUACAAGAGAAUGCCUUUUGGAUUAUGUAAUGCUCCUGCAACCUUCCAAAGAUGCAUGCUCAGUAUUUUCUCUGACAUGGUUGAGCGUUUUUUGGAAGUCUUCAUGGAUGAUUUCUCUGUUUUUGGCUCCUCUUUUGAAAACUGUAUAGACCAUUUAAGGCUAGUCUUAAUUCGGUGUGAGGAGAAGAAUCUAAUCUUAAACUGGGAAAAGUGCCAUUUCAUGGUAACUAGGGGAAUUGUUCUCGGGCAUGUCAUUUCAUCUGAAGGAAUUGAAGUAGACAAGGCUAAAAUUGAUUUAAUUGCUAACUUACCCAACCCAAAAACUAUCAAAGAUAUACGCUCAUUUUUGGGUCAUGCAGGAUUUUAUAGGAGAUUCAUUAAAGAUUUUAGCUCAAUAUCUAAACCCUUAUGUAAUCUCCUUCAAAAGGAAACCCAAUUUGUGUGGUCUGAAGAAUGUCAAAGAGCUUUUGAUAAACUUAAAAGCUUGCUGACCUCUGCUCCCAUCAUGCAACCACCUGACUGGUCGCUUCCUUUUGAAAUUAUGUGUGAUGCUAGUGAAUAUGCAGUUGGGGUAGUUCUAGGGCAAAGAAAAGAAAGAAAGCCUUAUGUUAUUUACUAUGCAAGUAAGACUUUAAAUAGUGCACAAAUGAAUUACACCACUACGGAAAAAGAACUACUCGCCGUAGUAUUUGCACUAGAAAAAUUUAGGUCUUACUUGAUUGGAUCCAAAAUCAUUAUCUACACUGACCAUGCUGCCCUUAAGUACCUUCUUUCAAAAAAGGAUGCUAAGGCGCGUUUGCUUAGGUGGAUCCUUCUGCUCCAAGAAUUUUUUCUAGAAAUAAGAGAUAAAAAGGGGGUAGAGAAUGUAGUAGCUGAUCACUUGUCCCGUCUCACUCUUCCAGAUUCCUUAGACAAUUCACCCAUAAAAGACACUUUCCCUGACGAGCAACUGUUUGAGAUCACGUCGUCACCUUGGUUUGCAGACAUUGCAAAUUUUCUAGUCACAGGUGAACUACCAAGUCAUUGGAAUAAACAAGACAAAAGAAAAUUUUUGACUGAAAUAAAAAAUUUUUUCUGGGAUGAUCCUUAUCUUUUCAAAUACUGCCCAGAUCAAAUUAUUAGGAGAUGUGUACCUAAUGACGAAUUUAUUAGUACAAGUGGACAAGUUGAAGUAUCAAAUCGAUCAAUUAAGAAUAUUCUGGAAAAAACGGUUAACCCAAAUCGCAAAGAUUGGUCUUUGCGUUUAACUGAUGCACUUUGGGCUUAUCGUACUGCUUUUAAAACUCCGAUUGGUAUGUCUCCGUACCGUCUUAUUUUUGGUAAACCGUGUCAUUUGCCUGUGAAAUUGGAGCAUAGGGCAUACUGGGCUAUUAAGAGAUUUAAUUUUGAUAUGGAUAAAGCUAGUUCACUACGCAAACUUCAACUUAAUGAACUAGAGGAAAUCAGGAAUGAAGCAUAUGAGAAUGCUCGAAUUUAUAAGCAUAAAAUGAAAGUCUUUCAUGAUAGAAAUAUUAUAAGAAAAAUAUUUGAGCCUUCCCAGAAAGUUCUAUUGUAUAAUUCAAGACUUCAUUUAUUUCCAGGAAAAUUGAGAUCUAGGUGGACUGGUCCAUUUAUAGUUAAAACUGUUUAUCCGUAUGGAACCGUUGAGAUAGAGAAUCCAAACACCGGUAAUAUU